AUGGCGAGGCAGCUUUGUCGUUGUGGCAGCAUCAACUUGCUUGUGUUCCUGCUGGUGAUCUUGUUCGGCGUCUCCUCCUGGGUGGACAUCAACGGACUUUGGGUGGAGCUGCCAGUCCUUGUGCAGCAUCUGCCUGAAGGAUGGGAUCUACCUUCCUACAUGUCCGUCAUUAUUCAGGUAGCAAAUAUAGCGCCCCUAAUCUACACAAUCUCAAGUACAGUAUGGCCGCACAGAAUGCUGGAAGUUCCGGUCAUCUACGUGAUCAUCUCCCUUGGAUGUGUAUCUUGCCUGCUGCUGGCGUUUGUUUGGGAUGUCACCUCAUCGAUUGCCGGCGUCGAACACAGCACCGCUUUGUUUGUCCUGCAGUUCUGCCUAGCCCUUGUUGACUGUACAUCUUCCGUCGCCUUCCUGCCCUUUAUGUCGGCGUUUAAAACUCAGUACAUGACGGCAUAUUUCAUUGGAGAAGGGUUUAGUGGACUGAUUCCCAGCUUGGUUGCUCUGGUACAAGGCGCCGGAAGUAUGAAAUGCGUAAAGAUCGCCCAUUUUCAAAAUCAAUCCGCGGGAAAUGAAACAGAACAUGACAUGCAUAUUUCAAAAUUCGUGAACGGGACUAUUGUUUUUAAUAACAGUUCAGAAUUUCGGGAAUAUUCAAUGUCGAACUCGAACAAAUCAGAGUUUGGUUUAAGUACAAGUGUUUUUCCCGUGUAUCAAGAGCCAAGGUUUAGCGUUCAGGUGUUUUUCUUACUACUUAUGGUUUUAUUAAUCGUCAGUUUAUUAUCCUUCACUUUUCUGAACUUUUCGUCGUAUUGUCAAAAAGAGAAAGUGGGUACUUCGUUGGAACCAUCAGUCAAAGUGAUAUCUGGUUUUUCUAAUCAUGACCUUCCCAUCGUACCUUCAGGAGGUAUUGUCGUAAAAACAAAAGACCCAAAGGCAGAUAAGAUAUAUCAUGCCUCGAUAAAUAAGCAAUAUAAUCAACGUUAUAACAGCAAUGACGUCGUAGUGGAUUCGAAGUCAAUCUCCCACUUAAUAGGCUCAGAAAUUGACACUUCAUCUGAGGAAUCCGACCUUUCCAUUCCUAAAUCUACAAGAGCCAAGAUGGCGCCUUCAAAGUAUGCGUGUUUUUUGUUAUUAACAGCUUUUCUCAACGCCAUUUCCAACGGCCUUCUUCCGUCGAUCCAGUCGUAUUCUUGUCUGCCUUACGGCAUUGAAGAGUUCCACUUGAGCGUGACGCUGGCCAGUAUUGCUAAUCCUUUUGCCUGUUUGGCUUCGUUUAUGCUGAAAAUGAAGUCUCUGAAGUGGACAGUGGUCAGCUCGAUCAUUGGGACAGGGCUGACUGGUUACAUAGUGUGGACGGCUGCCGCCAGUCCGACACCGCCGCUAGUUGACCACACGGCUGGACCUGUAAUCUUGAUCCUGUGUUGGAUCCUGGUUGUGUUUGUUCUGACCUACACCAAGGUUUCCAUAGCAACAGAAUUCCGCGAGGAAGGCAAGAGAGCUUUGCUUUGGAUCGGAGCCAGUACUCAGGCGGGAUCUCUGCUGGGCGCCGUCUCCAUCUUUGUGGUUGUCAAUGUAUUCAAGCUGUUUCGUACGGGAAACCCUUGUGCUUGA